AUGGUCAGUCGCGUUGAGCAUCCGGCUGGUGGAUACAAGAAAAUCUUUGAGACAUGCGAGGAACUAUCCGAGCCUAUUGCUGCUCACGUUACAGGUGUUAUUCCUGCUUGGCUGAGUGGCAGUCUUCUGCGCCUGGGGCCCGGGCUCUUUGAGGUCGGAGACGAGCCCUUUUACCACCUUUUCGACGGCCAAGCCCUCAUACACAAGUUUGACCUAAAAGACGGCCACGUGACUUAUUAUCGCAGGUUCGUCAGAACAGAUGCGUACGUGCGGGCCAUGACAGAGAAGAGAAUUGUGAUCACCGAAUUCGGGACUGCCGCAUACCCUGAUCCCUGCAAAAACAUCUUCUCCAGGUUUUUCACUUAUUUCCAGGGUAUAGAAGUCACAGAUAACUGCUUAGUAAAUGUCUAUCCAAUUGGUGAGGAUUUUUACGCCUGUACAGAAACUAACUACAUAACCAAAGUUGACCCAGAUACACUGGAGACGUUAAAAAAGGUGGACCUGUGCAACUAUCUCUCCGUUAAUGGUGUGACUGCACAUCCGCACAUCGAAAAAGAUGGAACUGUUUAUAACAUUGGCAACUGUUUUGGGAAAAACAUGACGCUGGCCUAUAACAUUGUCAAAAUCCCCCCGGCUCAGAAAGACAAUUCUGAUCCAAUUGAGAAGUCUGAAGUUCUGGUACAGUUGCCCAGCAGUGAACGGUUUAAACCAUCUUAUAUUCACAGCUUUGGUAUGACAGAAAACUACUUUGUGUUUGUGGAGACUCCAGUGAAGAUUAACCUGCUGAAAUUUCUCAGCGCUUGGAGUAUCAGAGGAACCAAUUACAUGGACUGCUUUGAGUCAAACGAAACCAUGGGUACAUGGUUCCACUUGGCCACCAAGAACCCAGGGACAUACAUAAACCACAAAUUCAGAACUUCUGCUUUCAAUGUCUUUCAUCACAUAAAUUGUUACGAGGAUCAAGGAUUCAUUGUUGUCGACCUCUGCACCUGGAAAGGACAGGAGUUUGUGUACAACUACCUGUACCUGGCCAACCUGAGGGAGAACUGGGAAGACGUGAAGAAAGCCGCGAUGAGGGCCCCCCAGCCAGAAGUGCGAAGAUACGUGCUUCCCCUGGAUGUGAACAGGGAGGAACAGGGGAAGAACCUGGUCGCUCUUCCGUACACCACAGCCACUGCCGUCAUGCGUAGCGACGGAACCGUUUGGCUUGAGCCGGAGGUUCUUUUCUCCGGACCACGACAGGCAUUUGAGUUUCCGCAGAUAAACUACGGCAAAUUCUGCGGAAAAGACUACACCUUCACCUACGGACUGGGCCUGAAUCAUUUCAUCCCUGACAGAAUUUGCAAGCUGAACGUGAAGAACAAGGAGACGUGGAUAUGGCAGGAGCCGGACUCUUAUCCCUCCGAGCCACUGUUUGUGCAGAGCCCCGACGCUACCGAGGAAGAUGAUGGUGUUCUCCUGAGCAUUGUGGUGAACCCAGGAGCGCAGAGGCCGGGAUACCUUCUGAUUCUCAACGCCAGAGACCUCAGCGAGAUUGCACGGGCUGAAGUGGACGUUAUCAUCCCUGUCACGUUCCACGGAAUGUAUAAACCGUAG